UUUGGUCUUCACUUUUUAGAGCCACGACAAAGACCAUGGGCGAACGAAACGCGUCUCAAGAAUUCCUGGACAGCCACCAGUAUAGCGACCACAGCAUUUCGCGAUAUGAGAAGAUUUUCGGCAGGACCUACGUCAGCACCGGUGGCGAGGGAACCACAAAGGGCUUGACGAAAAAGAUGAACCUCAAGCCUGGUCAGCGAGUUCUUGAUGUCGGUUGCGGCACAGGCGGAAGCGCCUUCUACCUGGCCAAGACCUACGGCGUCCAAGUCCUUGGACUCGACCUGUCGAGGAACAUGAUCAACAAAGCCAAGCAGUACCAGGGCGAGCUUGACGAAGAGACCAAGAAAUUGAUUGAGUUCCAAGUCGCUGACGUCCUGAAAGUCAGUCUGCCCGAAGAAUCGUUCGACGCCGUCUACAGCCGUGACGCCAUUCUGCACAUUGGCAACAAAGAAGAGCUUUUCGCUAAUCUCUUUAAAUGGGUGAGGCCAGGAGGUCAACUGCUGAUCACCGACUAUGCCAGAGGUCAAGAUAAAUGUGGCGAAGAGUUCGAGGAUUACGUGGCCGGACGUGGUUACCGUCUGUUGACCGUUCCAAAGUACGGAAAGCUGUUGGAAGAUGCAGGUUGGAAGCAGGUCCAGGCCAUCGACAAUACCGAAGAGUUUGUCUCCACCAUGAAGAGGGAGCUCGACCUGCUCAACAGCAUCAAGGAGUCUUUCAUCUCGGAAUUCUCCCAGAAGGACUUCAACGAUUUGGAAAACGGAUGGACGAAGAAAUUGAACUGGGUCGACAGGAACGAACAUGUCUGGGGACUCUACAUGGCCAAGAAAUUUUAAAUGUGUCACAAAAGUAUUGAAAAUUUAAAUUUUUGUAAGGAUCUAAUUAAAUAUUUCUGAUUUAAAAUAACAUCCUGAGUGUUGGAUUAAAAUAAAUCAAUUAUCUUGCACAUG